UUCCGGCGACCUUAAGCCCCCAGCGUCAGGACACGGUGCCCUCGGGGCGUUCCUGCGGCGGCUAGGAGGGCUGGAGACACCUCGGAACCUCUCUUCUCCCCUCUAAAGGCCGGCUUGGAAACCUCAGCCCCGCGUGCUGUUUACAGACGUGCCUGCGACGGCCGCCCCAGAGCUAGAGGCUGCCCUCAGCUGGGAGCCAGCAUGUCAGCGGCGGUCCUGGAGAACGGAGGCGGGGGCCGCAAACUCAGCGACUGGGGACAGGAAACAAGCUAUAUUGAAGACAGCUCCAGUCAAGAUGGUUCCAUAUCACUGAUCUUCUCACUCAAAGAAGAAGUUGGUGCGCUGGCCAAAGUCUUGCGUUUAUUUGAGGAGAAUGGUAUAAACCUGACUCACAUUGAAUCCCGACCUUCGCGUUUAAAGAAAGAUGAGUAUGAGUUUUUCACCCACCUGGAUAAAGGCAGCAUGCCUACUCUGUCAGACAUCAUCAAGAUCUUGAGACAUGACAUUGGCGCCACCGUGCACGAGCUCUCCCGGGACAAGAAGAAAGACACAGUGCCCUGGUUCCCCAAAACCAUUCAAGAGCUGGACAGAUUUGCCAAUCAGAUUCUCAGCUACGGAGCGGAACUGGAUGCAGAUCACCCUGGUUUUAAAGAUCCUGUGUACCGAACAAGACGGAAGUACUUUGCUGACAUUGCCUACAACUAUCGACAUGGGCAGCCCAUCCCCCGAGUGGAGUACACAGAGGAAGAGAAGAAAACGUGGGGGACGGUGUUCAAGAACCUGAAGUCCUUGUAUCAAACCCACGCCUGCUACGAGUACAAUCACAUUUUCCCACUUCUGGAAAAGUACUGUGGUUUCUGCGAAGAUAAUAUUCCCCAGCUGGAAGAAGUUUCUCAGUUUCUGCAGUCUUGCACCGGUUUCCGCCUCCGACCUGUGGCCGGCCUGCUUUCGUCUCGGGAUUUCCUGGGUGGCCUGGCUUUCCGAGUCUUCCACUGCACUCAGUACAUCAGACACGCGUCCAAGCCCAUGUAUACACCUGAACCUGACAUCUGCCAUGAGCUGUUGGGACAUGUACCCUUGUUUUCAGAUCGCAGCUUUGCCCAGUUUUCCCAGGAAAUCGGCCUCGUCUUGGGGGCACCUGACGAGUAUAUUGAGAAACUUGCAACAAUUUACUGGUUUACUGUGGAGUUUGGGCUCUGCAAGCAAGAAGACUCCAUAAAGGCAUAUGGUGCUGGGCUCCUGUCAUCCUUUGGUGAAUUACAGUAUUGCUUGUCAGGUGAGCCAAAGCUCCUCACUCUGGAACUGGAGAAGACAGCUGUCCAGGAGUACACAGUCACGGAGUUCCAGCUGUACUACGUGGCCGAGAGUUUCAAUGAUGCCAAGGAGAAAGUGAGGAACUUUGCUGCCACAAUUCCUCGGCCCUUCUCAGUUCGUUAUGACCCAUACACCCAAAGGAUUGAGGUCUUGGACAACACCCAGCAGCUUAAGAUUCUGGCUGACUCCAUCAACGGUGAAGUUGGAAUCCUUUGCAAUGCCCUCCAGAAAUUAAAGUGAAGCCACGGGCAGAACCUCAUCUGUCAGCUUAAGAAGCUAUUGAUGGAAAUCCAGCUACUUCUUUCAUCUGAAAAAAUCUGAAAAGCAAACCUUUAUUUGAAAUGACAGCCUUAAAUCCUUUUUAGAACAAGAUGGAGGAUCAACAAGUAAAUCAAAAUAAUUAGAAAUGACAGCAUAUUAAUAUACAGCUCCAAAAUAUAAGGGUGGAUCUUUGGGGGCUCAUCUUUGAUUUAGAGAUGAUAAUCGCAUCCUCUUAAUUGAGUUAAAAAUCAAUAACCUGUCACAUUUCAUCAGACUUAAUUAAAAUUUGGGACCUGCCUCAUUCAACCUUCCUAAAUACUUCUGUAUUUGCUCUAAGAAUUCCUAAAGGAGUAUAUGGGUCACUGAAUGGGAAACAUGAAUGAAUCUAUUGGAAUUGAAGUUCGGGGCUUAAUAUAAAUCUUAACCUAUAAAGGUCAUUUUCUAUGGCAGGGGACUGUGAUUCUAAUUACUGCUUUGUUAUUUUGCCUGUGUAGAUUUUCUUUCAUUCAGGAGCCUAUUGAAAUAGUUAUAAAUAUUAAAGUUCAAAGCAUAAUAUCAAAA